AUGAGCUCCAGCCUGCUCGAGAGCACAAGCUCCAGCUCACAAGCUCUUGCAAAGUGUGCAAACGAGCAAAAGAGGAGGGAAGCAGAAGUGGGCGUGGCAGGAGUUCGAUCAAUCGGCUCCGACUCACGACCGGCGGUGUCUGGAGGCCUGACAGACGGAUGGGACGCGACGGAUGGACCGACCAAAAACGGCCGAAUUUUCGCUCCGCCCCUUUCGGCUCUCUCACUUCGUCGUCGUUUUUUUUUUCUAACGGCCAUCCUGAUGCCCUCGUCUCAUGUCCUUCAUUUGUAUUGGUCCUCUCCUUUUAGAUCACAUUUUUUUUCUUGGAAGGCUGAUAGUUUUUCCAUAUACUCUUCUUUAUCUGCGUCUAAAAAUGUUUUGCUUCCAAAAAAAAAAACUGCACAACACAAAUGAAUGACAGUGUUUCGUAUCUUCAAAUCGUAAUGAUCUCAAUUUAGAAUAAUAUAUUUCCAGAGAGACAAUAAUAAUUGUUUACUAUCUGAUUUCUCAACCUAGCGACAGCAUAAAAAAAUUUUCCUAAAUGUUCUCCAAUUCAUUAUCUUUUUAUAUACCGUUUUCUGUAUUUUGAGUAUUUUCCAAUUUCUGCUCAUGUUAAAUACAAGAUGAGAGUCCCCACUAUCAAAACUUUUCAUAUGCAAAAAAAAAUCCAAAUUUCCGAGAUUUUCCACGCGAUUUAUUCUCACAUUUUUUCUUCUCGUAUUUCCCAUACUCAUAUCCGAACCUGAUUUUCUCACUUUCAAUGGCUCGCUAAUGAGCUCGUCGAUUACUUUUGGCCGUCACAGCUUUUGGUUAUCUUAUUACACAAAACGAAAACCCCUGCUAAUUUACAUAUGCGAUUUCACUAUGGAAAAUUGUUUUCCAAAGUUUUAGAAUAAAUGCAUUCUGAAGUUAUGCUUCAAGUCUUUCAAUCGGAUUUCUUGUACAAUUCAGCCGAUUUCCUGCCCGUUUAGAAACUCACUACAUCUGUAAUUCAAAAAAGUAAGUAUUAGAUGCUUGAAUUCUAAACAGUUCUCUUCGCCUUUCUUCUAACUUGAACCUUGUUAUCUAUUUAAAAAAUCAAAAACAUUCAGAGAGAAAGCAGUAAAUGAUUAAGAUUUUCGCCUUUCUUUAGAAACUAUCUUGCCUAAUAAAAAAAAAAUCAAUCAAGAUUCAUCUAAUUUUAAAAUCUCAAUAAACUCCGAAAUCAGGGUAUUCUGGAUCUUUUUUCUCAAAAGUACAAGCAAAAGGCGCAAUUAAAACAAACCUAUGAUUACCGUUUCACUCUAUCGACUCGUGCUUGACAGAUCCAUGCCUCCGCAUACUUCCACGCACUAAAAUGAUUCAAAGCGUUGUUUUUUGUUCCUCUAAAUUAUUACGAUAAUUUUAUGUUCAAGCUUCCCGAUUUCAGUUAGAUCUAAAAAAAAAAGAAAAUUUCUGCAGGAUCACUUCCAUUUGAAUGUAAUUUAUGCGCGCAACUCAUCAGGUGAUUAGAACGGACAUUGAACAAUAUGAGUAUUCUAGUUGAUAUGAAAAAUGAUCAAAACAAAACAUCAAGACAAACUUUGAUUUUUCCAUAUUAUCCUCAUCCAAACACUCAUGUAAAUUCUUGAAAAGACUAGUUGUGCGUUUUUUUUUUACUUUUUCAUAUCUCAUUCCUCUCUAUUAGUUAAAACUAUUUAUAGCCUGUCAAAAGUUGUGAGAUUGUUUCGGCAGAACACUGAGAAGCUUCACGACAGUUUACUCUAUUUUUGAAAAACAAUAAAAAACUCAGAAAUCGUGGAGUUUCUUAAACCUGUCUGCUUUUUGCUUCUCACGAAGCAGUAUUCUUAUUUGAACGGCAUCCAUCAUUGACGUUACUUUUUGAAGUUUCUCAUACGGAGGUAGCCACCAGCCAAAAUUCUCGGGGUUGCGUCGACGUCAGACGGAGAUCCCCGUCGACGUCAUCCGGCUGGAUGCGUUACCUCCAGUUACUGCUCCUGCCGGUCCUUCUGCUCAUGUGUAACGCCAGGUGAACCAAUUUUUGAACUUCGCUCUUCCUUUUAAUACAAAGAGUGAAAUAGUAAAAACAAUGUUACCCUUUUUUGCUUGUCAUCAUAAGAAAAAUCGUUAGCUGAACGAAAAUCUUAAUGAAAUAAUACUCAGCUUCUUCUCACAUCUUAUGAAGACCUGAAAAUUCAGAAAAGCCGUUUAUCGAAGGAAUUCGCGGCACCUUCGCCGCCUUAGUCGCAACUACGACUGGGAGGUCGACGAACACGGCGGACUUCGGCCUCUCAUCAACCCCGCCAAGGUUUUUACUUCACUCUAAUGAAAAUAAUCAAUUUUCAACAAACCUUUUUCGUGUUUCAAGCGUUUCUCUUUAUUUGAGCCUCUCUAAAGAGAUGAAACAUAAGUUGGAAAAAAAAACAAAUUGAUUCAUCAUAUCUAUUUUCAAAACAAUAACAAGACGGAAACUUCCCUCUGAUAUUCAGAAUUUUAUGAAAUUUAUAAUAAAAUCUCUUUCUUUUCCUAUUUGAAAGGCAUAACAUUUUCAAUUUCCAAAUUUCUGUUAAUUAACUUCUCAGAAAUUUAGCCAAAGGGAAAUCACAGAAUAAAAUGAAGCUUUACGAAGAAUUCAGAAGUUUCGAGUGAUAUAACCACUCUUGCGACCUACAUUUCUCGUGCUCUUAAAAAUUGAUAUUGAAAUUACCACUAAAAAACUAUUGUUUCCUCCAGGAAGUUAAUUCCAGGUCGAAAGGGCUACAAAAAAUUGCGCGAACGAUUCGUACGUGCUGAAGCAGAUAACAACUGGCUACAACCGCCACAAAAUUCCUGGCGGCCAGGUUUCUUUUUUUAGUUAUUCACCUCUUGCAAGGGAAUUCUUGAGCACUAUUUAUUUCCAACUCUUGGAGAUCGAAAUAGAAAAAAACAUCGAAGUUGUGUCUGAAAUGGGAACGUGUUUAACGAAUGUUCCGAUACAACACGAAUUUCUAAAUCUUAUGACAAUCUUGAUUGACUCAUUUUGGAAUUUCCUCAUUCAAAAAGCUUUUUUUCAGGUUGAUGUCGAGGUGGAGGUGUGGGUUCAAGAAAUAACAACGAUUUCCGACAUCACCAGUGACUUUACGGUAUUUUCUAUUCUUAUCACGUCACCGAUCCUCUUGCUUUGUCAAAAAUAUCAAAAAAAAAAAGACGUCCCUCUAUCAAUAAUAAAAUUAUGAAGAGCUCGCUUAACAGGCUUGUCAGGAUAAGCUACUUGCUGAAUCCGCAUAGUCCGCAUCUUUCAGAAAAACACAUUUGUUUGGAAAGACCUUGAAAAAGUAGUGUUCUGAACCUGAUAAACAGUAGAAAAAGAUAGUUCGCCCUAGUGGGGCUGUUUCACGAAAAAAGUCAAAGAAUGAAGUUGCGGAAAAAUUUUUAAACUUCACAGCUGGACAUCUACAUCUACGAAACGUGGCACGAUCCGGCACUCGACUACUCGUUCAUGAACCCCUGCAAGUACAAUCUCUCACUCAACUCGGUGGUUCUCGCCGAACUCUGGACGCCCAACUCCUGCUUCAUCAACUCCAAGACCGCCGACAUCCACAAAAGUCCAUUCCCCAACAUUUUCCUCAUGAUCUACGCCAAUGGAACAGGUAUGUAUUUGAUCAAAUGAAAAAGAGAUUUUUUGUGGUUUUUCUUUUCGAUUUCUGUGGUCAUUACGAUUUGUGGGUUUUUCGACAAUCAAUGUUAUGCUGCUCAAGAUCACACGACGGUCUUUAAACAAAAUAUCAAAUCAAGAAAGGUGUAGUAUAAUAUUAUGUUGCAAAUCUCAUUAAUUAUCUUAUUUGAAAUAAGAUAUAUUACGAAAAAUUGCGACAUUAUUUUACUAUCGUAUAACUUGCGCUUAUGAGGAAAUUCAAGUGGUCUACGAAAAAAGUCCAAUAUUAAAAAAAAAAAAAGGGAAAAGGUUACGAUUCGCGAUUGACGAAUGGCGCUGACAUACGCAAUCCCUCAAGGAUUCUUCGUUCUCCCAAAAAUAAUACGUUUUCUUUCUUGGUCAGAAAAGCCAGGGAUUGGUUUCUUCUUAGCUUUUGUAGAUGACAUUGAGUCUUACUACAAAACAGAGGAUCUUUUUCCAGAGGAAUGUGUUGGAUUACUGGAUCCAGAAAGAAAACAAGAGCCCAAUAAAGAGAAAUAUUCAAAAACAAUAGCGUUUAUUUUGAUACAUCUACGCAAGUAUUUGUUACAAUUGAAACUUCUAAAGAUUUUGGGGGGGUUUUUUUUGAAAAAAAGAAAUUCACGUUUUUUUAUGGAAAGAUGAAAUAAAGAGAGAAGAACAUUGGAAAUUGUUUUCCUCAUAGAAUAAAGAACAGCAAAAAAUAAUGGCAAUUUAUGCAAGCUUACUCUUUCUCUAUUUUGAAAACCAUUUCGCAUUCUAUAAUUUAAUUCCAUAAAAGCAGCGGAGCUGAACCGAUCUUUUUGCAUUUUCUUUGUUUAAAUCACGCAUCAUGCGCAUUGGAAGGUGUUUGUCCGUAUAAAAUGGGGAAAAAAGAGAAGAGGAAGAAAAGAGGGGAAAAAGCCCAAAUUUGGAGCUUCCGGGCGGACCAAGAAAAUGCGAUUUAAACGCGACGAAAUGUGCCGCCAGCCCAGAGGUGGUCGAUUUUGAGAGAAAAAAAAAACCUGGCACUAAAUUAUCGGCCGGAGAUGAGGGACUAAAAUUAAGUUAUUACUAUCGCGCUCUAUCUUCAGUUUUCAAGAACUGAAUUUCAGAAUAGCCGUUAGUUUGUUCUUCUUGCAGAUCAGUUAACCACUUUUGAAUUCAUUUAGAAGAAUAUCAUGUUACCGAAAGUAGAAAAAUGAACAAGUUUUUUCUGUUCUGACUAGGGUAUGGUCUCCCCUCAACAUCGAGUUGAUAAUCGAGACUAUGUGGGUUUGAUAGAGCUGGGUAAUAGUUCUCGGAAUCAAAAAUUAAAAUUCUGCUAAACCCCUAAGGCGACCGAGAAAAAGCUCGUCGAAAUUUCCACAGCGCGUAUAUAGGCUAUAUAUAAUAUAGUCAAUGUUUCCCGACUUGAAAGGCGAGGGAGGCGGGGCAGGGGGCGUGACGCGUAGCGUGUGCGUUCGCGGUCCUUGGCACGUGUUCAAUUCAACCGCCAUCGACUCUUUGAAAAUCCGGUUUUUCGCUCUUUUCAUUUUUUUUUUAAAUUAUUUAUUGAUUAUGUUCAUAUGUUCAUCAAAAAAUAGUAGAAAACAUUGAAAAAGAGCGGUUGCCGAGCUUGUUAAAUAUUCCGAGGCAAUUAAAUUGAACUCGUGCCAAGAGCCGCAAACGCACACGCUACGCGUCCCGCCCCUUACCCCGCCUCCCUCGCCUUUCAAGUCGGGAAACAUUGACUAUAUAGCCGCGCUCGGAGCCUUCGGCUAGCAACUGGCGGCGUGGUGUUGGGGUAGUGGUCUUUCGAACCCUGUCAAUAUUGUGAUCAGGAUUCGAAUGCUUUUGACGGAUAUCAAUUUUGCUGACUCACAACUUCAUCAUUUUCAUAUUUUUGAAAAAAUUUUCCAAUAUUUACACUAAAAAUUCAUGAAAUGACAAUAAAAAGAAAUGGUUUUUGAAAAAACCCUUUUUUCCUACUUUGUUAGUUUAAAAAUGCUAAUAGAAACCAUCUGAUGGAGAAAAGUUUUCGUAUUUCGUUACUAGAAAUUUUCGAAAUAGUAUUUUUUUUUAUUGUCAUUUCAUGUGAAAAAUCUCUCUGUAAAUCUUUGAAAAUUUCCUGAAAAUAUGAAAAGGAUGAAGUUAUGAGUCAGCAAAAAUGAUAUCCGGCAAAAUGAUUUGAACCCUGGUCACAAUAUUGACAGGGUUCGAGAGACCACUACCACUACACCUCGCCGCCAGUUGCUAGCCGAAGGUUCCGAGCGCGGCCAUUUCCGCGCUGGGAAACUUUCGACGAGCUUUUCCUCGGUUGCCUGAGGGGUUUAGCAGGAUUGUAUUUUUGAAUCCGAGUACUCUCACCUAGGCCUACUCACCCACAAAGUCUCAAUUCUCAACUCGUUGUCGAGCGGAGACCAUGUCCUAGAUAGAGAAAUUAUCUGUCUGAUUGAGAGAAAAAGUCGCGGUCGUCCCUAAAAUAAGUGCUAAAUGUUAGAGAAACUAAAAAAAUCAUAUAAAGAGAUAAAUUCGUAAGUUUUAGGAAAGAAAAGCCUUAGUUUUUCGGGAGAUCCGUGAGAAAUUUCAAAAAGACUUCCUCGUUAGUUUUUUUUUUCUAGGAAAAACAAAUCUCAAGUGGCCACUCGAGGUCUCGGAAAAACCAAAAGGCCAUCGUACUGCGUGGAAGUCCGGUCAGCCGAUUCGAUUCGAAAGGGCGCGCAGAGGAAAUCAAAUCAAGCGAAGACUUUCUGAAACGGCCCAAAAUGGGAAAAAAAUGGAGGCGCUGAAUCCGUCACUUCUUGUGGAGUUAUGAUUUUUCAAAAAAUAGUGAUUCUCAAACUAAAAGAAAAAUUCAACACAUUUUAAAUGUGAACGAUUGAAUACAUAGAACUAUCGAAGGCAGCUAAGUAACUUUGAAAGCUAACAUUUUUUCAUGGAUGAUAUUUCUAUCAUGAGCAACGCUUUCUAAGAUAAUGUCGGCACCAAAAUCUCGAGCAAUUUUGCACUUUCGGCAACCUCUCGCGGAUGCAAUGCAAUUUGUUUUGGCCUUUCUGGACUUUCCGAAGAACCCUCAAGAGACCGCUAUCCGAUCAAGAGUCGCCUGCGCGCCAAAAUGACAUCAUCUUCUUUUCCUUCCAAUAAUUUCUAGUGACGAGGAGUUUCGGGGCAAAAGAGAAAAUUGGGUUUUCACAGAAUAAGUUUGUUUGAGGAUUCGAACCGAAGCUUUUUGCGACGCGAUUGAUCCAAAGUUUUCUACUGAAAGUUUCAUUUCUUGGAACGCCUCUAGUUUCGCUACUUCCAAAUAUUUCAACAAGAUCCAGUCAUUCUGCAGCUUCUUUUUCUUUCGAAUAACUGUAUUUUUGAGUGAACAUUUAGGAGGCAGAAUAUUGAAUUUUUUUUUCUCGUUUCGCGAGAAAGACAAGUUUAAUGGCGAAUAUAUCUCAAGUUUAAAAAAUGAACCAAGUUCUUCUAUCAAUGCAUACAAAACUUAUUUUCAGUUUGGACAAACUAUCGCUUGAAGCUUCAAGGACCGUGUACUAUGGAUUUAACAAAGUAGGUUUUCAAAGAAAAACAUUUUUUUGGCGUAAAAACAGAAUCACUAAAAAGUGAAUAUAUCAUAAAUAUCGAAUUUAUAAGUUAAUUCAUUUUAUAAUUGUAGGUUUCCGUUUGACAACGUGACCUGCGCAUUGACAUUCGAAUCUUUCAAGUGAGUUUCAAGAUAUUUCUUUCAAAUUUCCACUUUUGUAACCAGUCGCUUUUAUUGGGAUUUUAAGUUCAUUCGUAUGUUUCCGCCUGAAAAGCAAGCGAUCGACUAUUAAAUCUUCUAUGAUUUUUUUCUUUUUUUCAGCUACAACACAGAUGAAGUGCAAAUGUCUUGGUCACCAAACGGAGUGCAGAAAAUGCGCGAGAAAAUGGAAUUGGCCGAUUAUGAACUUGUUGAAAUCACGAAUAUUCGAAACACAGAGGUUGGUCAAGACUCUAAGAACUGUAAUAAUAGCAAAAAACAUUUGGAAAAAUCAAAAAAAUAUAUGAAGUUUGUUAAAUAGAGCGUAAGCCAAUUAAAAAGAAAAAUAAUUACUUCAGCCCUACCCAGCUGGAAAAUGGCACGAACUGACGAUGAUGUUUCAUUUCAAACGUCGCGCCGGCUGGUACAUCCUUCAAGCCUACCUCCCGACCUACCUCACAAUAUGCAUUUGUGAGCUUUUCCUACACAAAUUUCCAUCCUACAGCGUCUGUGAAUUGAAAAAUUUUUGCGAAAAGGGAAACCGAACUUAAGGGCCACAAAACGAACUUCAACGAAAGUUUGAAUCAAAUGGCUUUGAUUACACAAAAACAACCAAAUUGGACGGCUCAAGUUAUUUCAAGACUCGAUUCUUUAAGAGAAAAUGUAAAUGAAACUAUGAUGAAGUGUUUAAAGCACUGUGAAAAAAAUAUUUUUUUGUACAAAUGUUCGCUCUCAAUUUUUAAACCAUGUUUGAAGAAUCUCGAAGUUUAUAUUUAGAAAAGUAGAAUUGAGUUAUUUUGCUUUUGCGAGUAGUGCUUUCGCUUUCCCAACAAGGCUAAUUAUAAGUUUUUACGGGUCGAGCUCUGUUUGCACCUUUCCAAAAGGGAAAAAAGUUCAUCAAAACAAAGUGUCAGCAUCAAAAAUUCUACAUUUCCGUAAUAAAAAUCUCCCAAACAGAAAAUUUAAAAAUCUUGCUUUAAAAAAAAAAUCUGAAAACUGGCUUUUCGCCAACAUGAGACAUCUGUUCCAGCAUGGAUCUCCUUCGCUUUGGGAUCAAAAGCGAUUCCAGCAAGGACGAUGCUUGGAGUGAACAGUUUGCUAGCGAUGACCUUUCAGUUCGGAAACAUCAUCAGGAACCUUCCACGAGUCUCCUACGUCAAGGUUCGUUACCCUUUUUGAUAUCUGAAUGAUCUCAUCCCUUUGAUUCUUCUCACUUCACUCUCUGAAUAAGAUUGACUUAGGUUUUCUUUCCCCUAGAGCAUACCUUUUUUGAAGGUAUAUAUAUAUAUAUAUAUAUAUAUAUAUAUAUAUAACUAUAUAUAUAACUUGAAUUUUUUUUUCUCCAAAACUCAGCUAUCUUCCUGUUCAAGUUAAUCAAAGUCAUCAUAUAAAAACAGCAAGAAAGCUCAACUUUCUGAAAUCAGCCUUUGAAGAGCAGUGUUUGUUUAUUUUUGCGAGUUAUUGGCAAGAAAAAAAAAUGCACUGAACACAAAGCGCGAUUCGAUCUUUGCAGCACAGAAUAUUUGCAGGCGAUCGACGUGUGGAUGCUGUCGUGCAUGACCUUUGUCUUCUGUUCGCUGCUUGAACUCGCGUGGGUCGGCUAUCUGUCGCGCGACGAGACGACGCCGCGACCGCCACCCAGCGCGACUGUGGCUCCUAAGCCUCCGCCGCCAGUGACGCAGUCCGUCAGCGCCACGAGCACCCUUCACAGGUAUUCUUGACGAAAAAAAGACUGCACUCUUUACAUUAAUUUCCAGAAGCGUAAUAUUGACGAUUAGUGUCAAGACUGAUUUAUAAAAACGAGAAAUUUCCAUAAACUUUUAGAAAAUUUUACUCUACAAUUUCCAAAAGGAUAGCGGAAAAAAUCUUUAGCAAAAAAGUGGAUUAAAAGAAAAAACUUUAAGAAGACCAAAAAGCAACAAAAGCGAGGAGGAAGCGGCGCUGUUGAGCCUUCGCGACAAUGACUACGGCUACAUUCCUCCGGGGUUCGGCCUCAACGGAAACAUCGCCAGCGCCAUGAAGAAUUUCGCCGCCAGGUCCUUCUUCCCCUUUCUUGGAGCUUAUCUGCGCAGCUUGAAUCAUUUUGGAUAUAAGCCUAUUGAGAGAAAAAAAAAACAAAAACAAAAACAGAGAGAAAUCAGUGAAAAAAGAUAUUUUGAGUCUCUUUGAUCCACUUUUGAAUGUCUUCCCCUUAAGCAUACCGAUAAGCUUCCCGAGCAGCUUUUUCAACAAAAAAAAAGUCUUCGUGAAACAGAAAGUGAAUUCGAAGAUAGUAUGACUAAAUUUAUGAGAGAAGCGCAAAAUACAUUAGUUACACUAUAGAAGAGAAUGAAAAAAUUAUAGACUUCAGUCUUGAAAAAAGUAUAUAAAUCUCUCGUAUCGAGAAAAAAAAACUUUUUUCUGCCUAAAACAAUCUUUGGGCUUUUCUAUUUCACCAAACUUCAGAUGCUCUUGCGAGCCAACGAGCGUCGUUACAAUGAAACUGGAAGAAGCCGAAACGAUACCCAAUGGUCUUUCGAGGUUUCUUUUCAUUGACUUUUUUUCUUCCAACUAGUUCCCUACCAAAAUUGUUUUUCUGCUGUGCCCCACUGCGAGAAAAUACUGGAAAAUGAUGAUCAGCACAAAUUUAGAGUUUGUACAGACAAUCAGACUUCCGAUUCUCUAGAUAUGAAUAAUAAUAAACGAGUUCUCGACAUUCGAUAUUUUGUUCUGAGUUUUUGAGGUCCAACUGGAGAAAAAAGUUAUUUUCAGAAAACAGCGACACGAGCUUCUGGCCCACAAGAUCGACUCAGUAUCUGUUUUCAUGUUUCCUUUUCUUUUUGUAAUAUUUAACAUCCUCUACUGGCAACAUUACCUCAGGACUUAUUAG